AUGGCAUCUGAUCUGAACAAAACUCGAAAACAUACAUUGUUCUGCAGCUUUGGUUUUCGGAAGAAAACCAGGACGGGUAGUGAUUUGCUUCUCGUAAGGCAAGCACCUUAUGUGCCUUAUGUUUCGGAGGAAAUUAAAGAGAUCAGAGACGAUCAAGCGACCAAUGGUAGUAUCAACACCCUUGAUGCUAAAUUCAGUGACGGAGAUUCCGAGAAGGUUUUGUUUAAUGCUGACAAUGGAGAUGAAAGUGGCCAGUCCGGUUCGUUUAAUCAUUUGGAGGAAGACGUUAAAGGAUCUCAACUGGUGGAAGAGAGAGGCACCGGGGUGGUUUCCACGUUCAGGCCUUCUUCACAUCCGCUAACUGCUCCUUCACUUUUGUCGGGUCUACCUGAAUUUUCACACCUUGGUUGGGGCCAUUGGUUCACUCUUAGAGACCUACAGCUUGCAACUAACCGGUUUUCAAAGGAUAAUACCGUCGGUGACGGUGGAUAUGGAGUUGUUUAUAGGGGCGAUCUGAUUAAUGGGACCUCCGCAGCUGUUAAAAAGCUCCUUAACAAUCCGGGGCAUGCUGACAAGGAUUUCCGAGUGGAAGUUGAAGCCAUUGGUCACGUGCGGCAUAAAAACUUAGUUCGACUUCUUGGGUACUUCAUCGAGUGA